AAAACAUUAAAAAAAAAAAAAAAACAAGUGAAAGAUGUCGAACUGGCACCAUCCAGCUCAAGGCCAUCAUCCAGGGACACAAGCAGCAGAGACGGUGAAGACAGUUCUGAUUCAUCUGAUGAUGAGUUUUUUGGCCCUCCUCUACCCCCUAAAACGGUAAGAGGACCAGUUUGUACUGGGGAUGAAGAUAUCCUUGGUCCUUUAGCUUCGCCUCUUGGUGAAGAAGAAGAAGAUGAUGAUGAUGAAGCAGAAGAGGAAAACCCUCACAGCUCACAGUGUCUGCCUCAAGGUCUAAGGAUCUGAGUUCAGUCCUCAGAACCCACAGAAAGGUGAGCGAAAGGCUGGAGCGACAGCUCAGUAAUUAGGUGAGCUUACUGCCCUUCCAGAGGACCCCAGGUCAGUUCCCAGCACCUGUACUGGGUGGCUCCUAAACCACCAAUAACUCCAGCUACAGGGGAUUUGUGGACGCCUCGCCUGGCUUCCUCGAACACUCAUUUGCACGUGGCAUACACUAACACAUGCAUAUACAUAUUCAUAAAUCUCUUUUUUUGAGACAGGGUUUUACUGUGUAGCCUUGGCUAUCCUGGAACUCACUCUGUAGACCAGGUCGGCCCUGAACUCUCAAAGAACCUUCUUCCUCUGCCUUCAGAGUGCUGGGAUUAAAAGCAGGUGCCGCCACCAUAUAAAUAAAUCUUUAAAAAUAAAUAAAAGGCAGGAGAGAUGGCCUAGUAGUUAGACUAUUUGACAGUCUUACAGAGGACCUGGGUUUGGUCCCCAGCACCCGCAAGGCAGCCCACAACUAUCUGUACUACAUAUGGUCUAGAGCUAUCAUGUGGUUGCUGGGAACUGAACCUGAACUCAGGAACUGUAGAAGAGCAGCCACUGCCCUUAACCUCUGAGACAUAUCUCCAGCCCAAGAACCCAGUUUCUAUUCCAAAGACCCACAUGGAGUCUCACAACUAACUGGAGGUAUGAAGAAGGCACUGAAUCCCGUGAGACUAGAGUUACAGACAAAGGCACCAGGCACAUAUGUGAUGCUUAGAUAUAUACAAAAGUGGGGCUGGAGAGCUGGCACAGUGGUUAAGAACACUGCUUACUCUCCCAGAGUUCCUGAAUUCAACUCCCAGCCACCACAUGGUGGUUCAACCCUCUGGACCCUCUUCUGGUGCAGGUAUACAUGCAGACAGAAUACUGCAUACUAAAUCCUAAAUAAAUAAAUCUUUAAAAAUAAGAAAGAAAUAUAUGCCUGGGGCUGGAGAGAUGGCUCAGAAGUUAAGAGCAUUGCCUGCUCUACCAAAGGUCCUGAGUUCAAUUCCCAGCAACCACAUGGUGGCUCACAACCAUCUGUAAUGGGGUCUGGCGCCCUCUUCUGGCCAGGAGACAUACAGAAUAUUGUAUACAUAAUAAAAAAAUAUUUAAAAAAAAAAAAGAAAUAUAUGCCUGUAUAACUAUAGCACAGGCCUAUCACCCCAGCACUCCAGAGAAGGAGGAAGGGGGAUCACUGCAAGUCUGGGGUCAGCUAAAGGGAAAUAGAGAGAUUGCCUCAAUACAAAUAUUAACAAUGAUAGCAUUUCACUUCUAUUUUAAUAAAGAAAACUUGCUUGAAGAUCAGAGAGUAAAACGGCCUCACUGGUCAGCCUUAAAGACCAGGCAGUGGUAACACACCCUUUUUUUUUUUUUUUUUUUUUUUUGACAAGGUUUCUCUGUAACUUUGGUGCCUGUUCUGGAACUAGCUCUUGUAGACCAAGCUGGCCUAUGAACUCACAGAGACCUGCCUGCCUCUGCCUCCCGAGUGCUGGGAUUAAAGGCGUGUGCCACCCAAAUGCCCAGCUGGUAACACACACCUUUAAUCCCAGUACUUACACUAGUUGCUAUAGAAACCAGGUGGGGGCAUGCAUUAAAUCUCGGUUUUAGAGAGGAUAUAAAAGGAUAAAAAAGACAGCUCUCAGAGACAGUCUAAUUCUGAGGUUCUUGGAGGAAGGAUCGCCAUUUCAGACUGAGGUAAAGGUAAGAGCCAGUUGUUAGGAAUAUUUCUUAAUAUUACCUCUUGACUAUCAAGUCAAAUCAAAACAAGCCAAAAUAAGAAAUAUCCAGGUUGAAUAGGAGAUCUGCGCUCUUGGGUGGCCCCGAGGGGGGAAAACGGGGAAGCCGGACAAGACCCGCCCCGCGACGCUGUGGCUUGUGCUGGAAGAAGCAGAAGAAUAUGGCGCUCACCAGCAUUUUACCGGCGCCCACGCAGCUAUCUGAGGACCAACUUGAAGCUGAAGAAAGAGCAAGAUCUCAGAGAUCGCGGCAGACCUCUUUGGUCUCUUCACGAAGGGAGCCUCCCCCAUACGGGUACCGGAAAGCCUGGAUUCCGCGCUUGUUAGAGGAUUUUGGAGAUGGAGGUGCUUUCCCAGAAAUCCAUGUGGCCCAGUAUCCCCUGGAUAUGGGGCGAAAGAAAAAGAUGUCCAAUGCGCUGGCCAUACAGCUGGAUCCUGAAGGGAAAAUCAAAUACGAUGCAAUCGCUCGACAGGGGCAGUCCAAAGACAAGGUCAUUUACAGCAAAUACACUGACCUGGUUCCAAAGGAGGUUAUGAAUGCAGUUGACCCAGACCUGCAAAGGCCUGAUGAAGAAGCUAUUAAGGAGAUAACAGAGAAGACAAGAGUAGCCCUGGAGAAGUCCAUAUCGCAGAAGGUUGCUGCAGCCAUGCCAGUUCGUGCAGCUCCUGCUCAGUAUAUCCGCUAUACACCAUCUCAACAAGGUGGAGCAUUCAACUCUGGAGCGAAACAGAGAGUUAUUCGGAUGGUAGAAAUGCAGAGAGAUCCAAUGGAGCCACCGAGAUUCAAGAUUAAUAAGAAAAUUCCUCGGGGACCACCGUCUCCUCCUGCACCUGUGAUGCGUUCUCCUAGUCGGAAGAUGACUGUAAAGGAACAGCAAGAGUGGAAGAUCCCCCCGUGUGUUUCCAACUGGAAGAACGCAAAGGGUUAUACAAUUCCUCUGGAGAAGCGGCUGGCUGCUGAUGGAAGAGGACUUCAGACCGUGCACAUAAACGAAAAUUUUGCCAAACUGGCUGAAGCUCUAUACAUCGCUGAUCGGAAGGCUCGUGAAGCUGUGGAGAUGCGAGCCCAAGUGGAGAGAAAGAUGGCUCAGAAAGAAAAGGAGAGGCAUGAAGAGAAACUUAGAGAACUGGCCCAGAAAGCCAGAGAGAGGAGAGCUGGGAUCAAAACCCACGUGGAAAAAGAGGAUGGAGAAGCAUGCGAAAGGGAUGGAAUCCGUCGUGACAGGCGAAAAGAGAGACAGCAUGACCGGAACCUUUCCAGGGCAGCCCCUGAGAAGAGGUCAAAACUACAGAGAAAUGAGAAUCGAGAUAUCAGUGAAGUCAUUGCUCUUGGCGUGCCCAAUCCUCCAACUUCCGAUGAAGUUCAGUAUGACCAGAGGCUCUUCAACCAAACCAAGGGCAUGGACAGUGGAUUUGCAGGUGGAGAAGAUGAAAUUUAUAAUGUUUAUGAUCAGGCCUGGAGAGGUGGUAAAGAUAUGGCUCAAAGCAUCUACAGGCCUAGUAAAAAUCUGGACAAGGAUAUGUAUGGUGAUGACCUAGAAACCAGGAUAAAGACAAACAGAUUUGUUCCUGAUAAGGAGUUUUCCGGUUCAGACCGUAGACAGAGAAACCUAGAGGGACCAGUUCAGUUUGAGGAAGAUCCUUUUGGUUUGGACAAAUUUUUGGAAGAAGCCAAACAGCAUGGUGGUUCUAAAAGACCUUCAGAUAGCAGUCGCCCUAAGGAGCAUGAGCACGAAGGCAAGAGGCGGAGGAAGGAGUAGAUAGGAUCCUCUCCUGAAAGCCAGUGGACUCUGUUCAGACUCUGAUGAUGUGAUGCAGAUCAUUGGGAAACCCUUUGUAAGCCAUCAGGAUAAAAACCAAAUCUGGGCGGGAGAGCCCAGAACUACGUUUUAUUCCAG